GGCUACCAUAAAAAGAUCAUUCAAACAUGAACAGCCAUCAGUGAUCAUUGCACCUUCCGUGUGUUCAGACAGACAAUAAAUCAUGGCGUCCAAUUGGUCCUUCAUUCUUGGUGUUUUCGCCACUAUUGCCCUCCUUCUUGGGCUUGGAAGUGCCAGUUAUGGAGGAGGCCACGGAGGCCAUGGAGGCCAUGGAGGAGGUGGAGGGCAUUACUCCUUUGGUUACAAGGUUCAUGAUGGAUACAACAACUUUGGCCAUUCGGAAAGCCGAAAUGGAGGCUCAACUAAAGGCCAAUAUCAUGUCAAACUACCCGAUGGCAAACUCCAAACCGUGAAUUACCAUGUCAAUGGAUAUUCCGGAUAUGUGGCCAAAGUGAACAAUGGGUACCGGCGUUAAAAGCAAGACUGAUUUUGCCGUGCAAAUCUCAAUCAGAUAUCUAUUAUGUGAAUGAAGCAAUGAUGCCUUGAGGGUUGUUAUAAUCAUGAAAGUUACUCAAUAAACAAGCAAUUUCACUUCUCUGACAUGCUUUAUCUUGCUUAUGCUCUCAGUAUGCGUUGAUCAUGUUUGGUAUACAAUUGGAUGCCAAAAGUGGUGUUGGUUACUUAUCACCAGGAGUUGGAAAAAUAGUCCAUGAUUUUGUUCUAAAUAGUUUGUUUUUAAAGAGUGAAAAUCAGCCAAAAUAGGUUGCGAAACCGUCAAAAUAAGUUAUAAAAAGGUAUUGUUUGGUUUUUCAACUAUUUUGGUGGCUUUCAAGACAAAAAAAUGGUCCAUGAGUAUUUUGCACAAACUUCUUGCUCUUUGGGUUGAGUGUCAGCAAAGAUUUAAAUUUCAAAGCAGACACAUAUGAACAACUUCCAAGUGAGGUUCAUACUUUGAAGCAUCCAAAACUCACUGAUGGUUAGUAAAAUCAAUACCAUCAAUUGUGCUAAGAUAAUUUAGGGCAUAAAGUAAUAUACUCCUUUGGUUUUUAUCAAUGUCAACCAAAACAAGCAUUCCUAAGAAAAAUCGUCACGUCAAAAUUAACAAACUCGCUAUACUUGGAAACAUUUAAAAAAAAAUUGCCAUACUCGUAAAUGUCAUCAUUCAGUUUUCUACUGGAAAAAUUGGUGCAUGAAAAAUUUCACUUGGAAUGAAGUUCUUCUAUCUGUUUUUUCAAGAAGUAACAAAAAAAAACCACCUCAAUUUGCCCCCAAAUCGUCGGUUUUAGGUUUAUUCAUAGUGAAAAUUCGCGAAAAUUUUCAUUUACCUCAAAAUGGCCAGAAUAGUUCAAAACAUAAAUUAACCUACAAAACUAUCUUAAUGACUCUAUUUAUCACCCUGGGGUUUUCUUCCAAACCUUUGGGAGAGGCCCAACCAAGCCUUUGACAGUUCCAAUGGAAGAGACUAAACAGCCACUAUUAGUAGCCAUGUCUUCUCCUUUAAUUUGCGGUGUCAAGGCUCAAAUAUAUCUUCUGGACGCAGGAAUUAAAUUCUCUGGGCUGAAAUACUUAAGUACUCUAUGGUAAAGGCUAAGUGCAUAAAAACACCUAUGCAGCAUGGCGAGCAGAGAAACAACUUGCCCAAAGCCAGAUAGUUCAUACGG